CCAGACAAUUGUUGGAUGUCAUGUGUGAUUGAUAUGCACCACUGACACUUCGACUUUGAUUCAUUGGCAUAUUACAUGUGAAUUUUGCAGUGACUCCUUUUAUAGUGUUUUUAUAAUAGUAUAAAAGAAAAGAAAAUUUAGAAAAUAAAAUUAGCAGUAUGAGUGAUCCUGUUCUCCAAAACAUUUCUCCAUAUGACCUUGCAAAACAAAUUUUACCUCAGGAAAAGGAAAGAUCUGGGAUACAGGAAAUUAAUCACAGAUCUUCCCUGACAAAGCAGUCUGAGGAGAAAUUGAACAAUCAGAGGGUAUCCAACAAUGCACAGGAUGAAAGUUUGGUUCCAUCAGCAGAUGUUGGCACUCAAGACAAUAAUUGUCAUGUGUCUCCAGAGACUUUAAAUUUUACACUCAAUAGUAUGAAGGAAAAAGAAUAUUCAGGUAUAGCUUAUUCUGACUGGUACAACCGUUUUGAUCAAAGAGAAGUGAGAGAGAGGAAAGACUCAGACCAAAAGGACACAUCAGGCAGUGGCUACAUUACUUGUCAUUCAACAGGUGAAGAUGAGGUAGAUGGCUUUAUAUCAAAUAUCAAGGAAAUAAUGUCUCGCCAACGUUCUGAAUCCGUUGCUUCCCUGGAUUAUUAUCGUUCACAAGAUACCAGUUUGCAGAUAGCAGCAAGAGAGGAACUACAGGAUCGAGGACAGUAUUCUGCAAGUAAUGGAAGACAAAUGCAGCAGUCACGGAGACUACCAUUCUGGCUCUGGUUCAUUAUAGCCAAGAGUCUGGGUAUCAAGCUUCAUGCUGAAGACAAACCAAUUAUUGCUACUGUCCUAUACACCAUUACAUUUAUGAGUGCAUUAGGUUUCUUACUAAGUAGCUGGUGGUUUACUGCUUACGAUAUCGUGAGUGAUUACACCAAGACAACGGUAAUCGAUGGUUCUCUUAGUAUUUUUUUUUCAUUAUUAUGGGGAGCACUGGCUGUAUAUGCAAACAAUCUGGCUUACAGAUUGUUCAGUCACAAAAAAUUCUUGGACAUGUUGCGGCUUCACUCCAAAACAAUAUUAAAAAUGAAUGCAUCAUUUGUGCUGUUUACACUCAUGCUCCUCCUUGCCAUUUGUAAUGAUCUCAAUGCCUUUGUAAACUACAAAGACGAAACUUGCCAAAGAGUGGGUCUUCACGUAUUUGUCUGCAAGACAAGGUAUAUCUUCCGGGUUGUGUUAUCAGUGUUUGCUGUGUUAUGGAACUACCUUGUGGCUUUCGUCCUUGUCUCCACCUGCCGCACACAUGUUAUAGGGAUCCGCAGGUUUAUGCAAGCACUGGAACAGGAUUCUCGAGUUUAUGAAGCCAGGUAUAUGGGUUUAACACAGCAGGGACACACAGACAGACCUGUGCUAGAAGAGUAUAGCUGGGUGGAUGAAGACUAUAUGGAUGAGCUGCGUGAUCCAGGUGGCAGUGAUAUCGAUGCUAAUUCUGCUGCUCUCGUUCCUCAGCAGAGUCAUCAAGACAACAGUGAGGCAGCUAGCGAACAUUCAACAUCAAGUGGCUUACCAUCAGCUAGGGUACCAUCGACUCCCUCACUAGAGAAUAGUUUAGCUUCAUCGCCAAGUGUUCACUCUCUACAGAGCUCCAGCUUAGGACACACAGAAACAACUCAUAUUGUUAAGACUGGAUCAAUCAGCAGCCAUGUCACCACUUUGGAUUCGAGAGUUAAGCCAGCACCUCUAAUGAGUAAUUCAGAAAUCCUCUUCAGAUACUGGAAAAUCCAGGCACGUCUGAGGCUAUCAUCUGUCGCUCUUCAAAGGUGGAUGAUGUCAGUGAUCUGUCUGGUAGUUAUGUGGUUGGCAAUGAAUCUUGUAAUGUGGUUGAAAAUCAAUCCUAAUCUCAUUGACCUCGCCAACUUCUUCCUGCCCCUUUCUUUGCUACCACUCCUGUCGUCUGCUUAUGCAGAGGUCAAUCAGGAGGGUAUCAGACUUUUAAAGUUCAUAUGCCCACUGGAGGAAAGACUGCAAAUGUUGUACAUACUACAGAAUGCCCCAUUGCAAAUGACAGUGUAUGGCUUCUCUCUCUCGUACUCCACAAUCACGACUGCAGCAUUUGGUAUUCUACUUGCUUUUGCCUCCAAAGUUCUUAUUCAGGAAAUAUCUGGACCAGUUACUGCUCCAAAUUUAGGAUUAAUGGGAAAUUGUUCUUUGCUAUAAAAUAUCAGGCUGUGUCAUUUUAAAACCUUAAUAUUUUUAAAGAGUGAAUCACACAAUGAUGUCUUUAAUGUUGUAUUAUUUUACACAUUAUGUAUGGUGAAAUUGAUUAGUAAAUAUGUACAUGUUUUGUGUGUUAAUAGACAGCUUGCAUGCAUAUUAUGAUUUUCAUAGUGAAAUUUUCUUUGUCCCUUGCUGUCUUUUUACCUGUUUAAGUAAUACAGUGGAACCCCGGAUAUCGGACUUUUCAGAUUUCAGACACUUUUUUGAGCGAAAUUUUGCUUCGAAUUUUGGACCUUGUCCCGGGAAUCACACGUAUCAGACACAUCCACCUGCUGGGAUGCCGCUUCAGUCUGGCUCUGUCACUGGUUGAGUGAGCAUUCAUCCAAAACAUUUCGCAAUUUUUGUGCUUGUUGAUUGUGGCUGCAAAAUAAGUCACCAUGGGCCCAAAGAAAGUCCCAAGUGCCAGCCCUUUGGCAAAGGACAGAGAGAGGGGAGAAUGUGCCUUCUUCAGUGAUUCUAUGAUAUGUACGAUACUAAAGCAGUAGUAGUCAAUACAGGCUAUAGCGCCAGCCAGUGAUAAAGUGUAGCAUUAACAGUGUAGCAAGUAAGUUAAGUGAUAGAAAAAAGACGACACGAACCUAAAUCUUCCAAUGUUGUUGGAGGUACAUAGGGCCACUGACAACAUAUGCCGCCCUGCUCAUUUUCCACCACCCUAAACCUCUGCCAGCAUCUCAUUAACUACUUUAUUUCUUUACAUUCUCUAUGUUUUUAUACAAUAUUUCUUAUAAAUUACAGUGGUCCCUCAAUCGUCCGGCCUGAAAGUCGUCCAUUUCGGAAAUAGUCCCGUUAUUUCGUCCAAACAUUGGCUUGCAAAUGGUCCGUUAACUCGCUAAUCGUCCUUCGUCCGGGACGGGUACUCACGCUCUGAGCCGCCUGGGCCUGCCUUCUCAGCCAGUGACGAUUUGAAUAGACUGACGCAAUGGUCGGAGAAGUGGCAGAUGCAGUUUAACAUUGACAAAUGCAAAGUUCUAAAUGUUGGACAGUUAAAUAACCAUGCCACAUAUAAACUAAAUAAUGUAGAUCUUAAUACUACCGAUUGCGAAAAGAUUUAGGAGUUCUGGUUAGCAGUAACCUAAAACCAAGACAACAGUGCAUUAGUGUUCGCAAUAAAGCUAACAGAAUUCUUGGCUUCAUAUCUAGAAGUAUAAAUAAUAGAAGUCCUCAGGUUGUUCUUCAACUCUAUAUAUCCUUGGUUAGGCCUCAUUUAGACUAUGCUGCUCAGUUCUGUUCACUGUAUUACAGAAUGAAUAUAAAUGCUCUGGAAAACGUGCAAAGGAGGAUGACAAAGAUGAUCCCAUGUAUCAGAAGUCUUCCCUAUGAGGAUAGACUGAAGGCCCUGAAUCUGCACUCUCUCGAAAGGCGUAGAAUUAGGGGGGGAUAUGAUCGAGGUGUAUAAAUGGAAAACAGGAAUAAAUAAAGGCGAUGUAAAUAGUGUGCUGAAAAUUUCCAGCCAAGACAGGACUCGUAGCAAUGGUUUCAAGUUGGAAAAAUUCAGAUUCAGGAAGGAUAUAGGAAAAUACUGGGUUGGUAAUAGAGUUGUGGAUGAGUGGAACAAGCUCCCAAGUACAGUUAUUGAGGCUAAAACGUUGUGUAGUUUUAAAAAUAGGUUAGAUAAAUACAUGAGUGGGUGUGGGUGGGUGUGAGUUGGACCUGACUAGCUUGUGCUGCUGGGUCUGGUACAGUGCUCCAUCCUUGAGUGGGGAUGACCAGACUGGGUGGGUCAUUGGGAUAAUCUGCAUGGGUCAGUAGGCCUGUUGCAGUGUUCCUUCUUUCUUAUGUUUACCAGUGAGCAGAGUUAAUGAAGAAAUUUUCUGAUCUAUUAAUUUUUUUUUUUGGGCAGUUUAGGAGUUCCCUGGUAUGUGCUUGUUGAUCUAGAGCACUUCCUUGUACUUUAUUUAUAUUAUUAUUAUAAUCAAAAAGAAGCGCUAAGCCACAAGGGCUAUACAGCGCUGGUACUUUAUUUAUAGUACAAUGCUGUUGUCCAUCAUCUUUCAUUUUACAUUUGGAAUGUUGAAAUCUCAAAGAAUAAUAUUCGGUGUAUUCUCCAGAUUUUCAAGGCAGUUAUCUGUCCUUUAUAUCUGUUCAGUAAGUUCCUCUGCCAUUGCUGAAAUGAUGGUUUGUGUACGAAGAUAAUUACCAAAUUGUUGAUAUUCAGUUUCAUGCCAGGCACUACCAUAUUAAUAACACUAGCUUGUUUAGUCUCUUAUCACAUAAGAAUGACUUUUUUUCUGGAAAUUUUAUGAUCAGUAUUUUGGCCAUUUAAGUUUGAAGAACCAUAUUAUACACAUUACCUAACAGUCAUAGCUAUUAUAUUGUGCACGGAUAAAUUCAUUAUACAGUGGACCCUCGGGUAACGCCUUUAAUCCGUCCCAGAGAGCUAACCUUUAACCAAUUUAGCCUUUAGCCGAAUUAAUUUUCCCCAUAAGAAAUGAUGGAAAUCCAAUUAAUCCGUUCCAGACACCCAAAAGUAUUAAAGAAAAUAAUUUUUUUGCAUGAAAUAUACAUUUCCCUACACAGAAGCAGCGCUGUAUAGCCCUUGUGGCUUAGCACUUCUUUUUGAUUAUAAUAAUAAUCCCUACACAGAAAACAAUGAUAUAUGCACAAUAAAUAAUACUGAAAUGACACUUACCUUUAUUGUGGACUUGUUGACGAGUGAUGAGAUGGGACAUUGUUUUUCUUGAACAUUUUGGGUCAUGCAGGGAGUGUAGCAGGCAUGCAGGGAGUGUAGGUACGAGUUUUUUCUUGAAUUUUAUCGUGUUUCUUUCCUUCUUAACCAAAGGGCUGGCACUAGAAACUUUCUUUGGGCCCAUGGUGGAUUAUUUAGCAGUUGCAAGCACUAAAAAUAAUGGAAUACAAAAUAUAUCGCAUGUAUGCGUGGAAUCUUCCUCACUGGCUUGUAAACAAUGGCACACUGGCUGUACACGGAGUCCCUGGGCCCACUCAGGCCACGCGGACACGUUCAGGACGAAAACCCUUAACUGAGUUAUUUGGUGUUAGCCAAGCCAAUAUUUUUUUGCCAAAGCGAGUCGUUAUCCGAUUUUGGCGCUAACCAAUGACGCUGUUACCCGAGGGUCCACUGUAUAUAAUAUACAUAACAAAAAUAAUAAAAUUUCUAUACACUUGUAAAAAGAUAUAGGCAUUGCAAUUUUCAGUAUUUUUUUUUUUUGAUGUUCAGUAUCACUCGUGCACAAGUGUCCAGCAGUAGUCAGCCAUCAAACAGAUCAUCUGACAUCCCUUCUCCAUGAUGGCUAUGUCUUGGUGAAAUCAUUCACUGUGGGGUUCUAUCUCACAGAAACUAAGUGUUGGAGCAAAACUAAGAUUUGAAUUCAGCUCCCAAUUGAAACCAUUAUUAUUCAGUGUUUGACCCUAGUGGGUUUAGCACUUAGUUAUGAUUAUAAUAUUAAUAAUGUUGACCAGUGUAAUUUUAACGAGUCUUUCACAAAUAGUUACUCCUUGCAGUUUAUUCACUCUUACCACAUCUAUACUAAUUAUAUUUUGGAAUAAAGACUUCACUGUCCAAGAAAUCUCUAAUGUAGGCUUCUGUUACAAAAGGAACUUUAUUUUUUAUCUUUAUUUUUAGGCCAUAGAUACUGGCAAAAAGAAAGGAAGAUAAUAUACUUGGGUUGCUUUGAACUAGUGAUCCUGUUAGGUGAUUUAGUACUUACAAAAGGCAAUCUACUCAUGAUGGGGUGUCCAUUGCUGUCCCAUCCUGUUGUAUGUUGAGGGGCAUAAGUCCUCUUGUUCCAUCUAGCAUAGCUAACAGUUUUAGUAUUUGGGGAUGUACAAAUUGUUUUUGCAGUUUGUAUUCAUUUAUCCCACUGGUUGACUAGAUUUUUAUCUGUUUUAAGCCUGUGGCUGUUGUUGCUCUUUUUUGUCUUUAUCUUUUGCUUAAAGAAUGUGCACACCUGUAUUUUUUAUGUGAAAAAGUGGAGAGUAAUCAUGACACAUUCUUUCCUCAAGCAAGUUUUUACACUUAUUCAAAAGUGACAUUUCCAUUUAUUAAAAUGUUGAGGCAUUUCUUUGGAUAUGGGUAAUUACACUUUUUCUCAUAUCUGCUUAUUUCCUUUGCAUAAUAUUUACGCUUCCAUGUCCUUUGUACAAUUACACAUACUGUGGUUUACGAUACCCUCAUCUGAUUGUGGUACUUCAUUUUUCAAUGGUACUGUAUUUUGUUUCACCCUCUCCUCUCCAUUUUCUUUAAUCUUGUCUUGAUUGGAUUUUGUUAUGCGAUCUGUAUGACCCAUGUGGGUUUAGUACUUAAGUUUUGAUUAUAAUAAUUUUGGUAUGUGAUCAAGACUAACAGCUCCAAAUCUGAGAGCUUUGCUCCUUGUGCCUCUUCAAGGGGGUCUCCUUGGCGUGGUGAAGAGGCUCUUGGUCUGAGGAAUUAGACCUGUCGGUCUCCUUCCUCAAACCGAACCUAAUUACCCCCCAAUCCCCCCUUUCCUAUCCCAUCCUCCCCUUUUUCCUUUCCUCCUCCUCCUCCUCCCCACCCCUCCCUUUUGCUAUUCCUCUUUUUGGCCUUUGGGAUUUUUCCCACAGGCACACUAGUUCAUAGGUAGGGGGAAGGGUACCGGGGUCCAUCCCAUUCCGUUGAGGUUCUUGGCGGUGGCGUAGUUUGCCGUGGAAUCUGGAUCGCCUGGGGAUGAUCCCUCUCUGGUAUCCCAGAGGGUGGCUUUGGGUGUCUUUCGGGCGACGGGUGUAUCUCUGGAAGCCACCUUUCGGAUUCCGGGGGUGGUGGCCGAAGGAGGCAUGCUUUGUGGCGGAUAUGGGACCGCCCUCUCUUUUGUCCAUCGAGGUAGCUCGGCAGAUGUGAGGUUGCUAUCCCGGAUUGCUGGUUUACUGACAUGAAGGGUAGGGUAUGGCACAGGUUCCAUGCCGCAUCUGCGCUACUUGCGGUGCUGAGGUCCUCUUGGGUGCGGAGGAAGAUUUCUGGCCCUUUCAUUCCUCCUAGGAUCUAUCCCUCCCUGGUCCCCCCUUUUUUUACUCUUUUUUUUAUUUUAUUUUCUUCUUUUUUUUUUUCUUAAAAACAAAAAGAAAGAAGUUACCUAACCAUGGAGUCCCAAAUCCAUGACCCCGCUACCCCUGGGCCCCUUAUUGUUACUGCACCCUGUUCUGACCUCGCCUCGUCUUUUGGCCACUCUUUGGACACUCCUAAGGCCCCUGUACCUCUUGCUGGUGCUGUUUCCUCACCCGCUUCAGGUACCAGGGCUUCCACUGACUCCGAUUUGUCUGACCUCCGCUCUCCUUUGACUAUGCUUCCGGCCUCUCCCUCUAUGGUGCAACGAUUUUCGAAUCGCCAGCCCGUCUCACGUCGGACCGACUCUGGUCCCACUUCUAAACGCCAAUGACAAUCUCCAGACGAUGUUACUUCGUUACCUUCCCAUUCUACUCGGAAAAGACCGACACGUCAUGCACUCCCUCUCCACACUCAGUUUCGGACCACACAUUGGACUAAAUUCUUUACUUUACGACCGACUUCUUCUACUGCCUAUCUUUCUGACCAUAGUACAGUGGACCCCCGCAUAAUGAUUACCUCCGAAUGCGACCAAUUAUGUAAGUGUAUUUAUGUAAGUGCGUUUGUACGUGUAUGUUUGGGGGUCUGAAAUGGACUAAUCUACUUCACAAUAUUCCUUAUGGGAACAAAUUCGGUCAGUACUGGCACCUGAACAUACUUCCGGAGUGAAAAAAUAUCGUUAACCGGGGGUCCACUGUAUUGGUAAAGCGCUCCUACGCCACGUUGGUAGAGAUAUUUCCUUUCAUGCUCUUAACAGUGGUAUGUGCAUCAUCACAGCCCAGAAUUCUACCCAAGCUCAUGAUCUUUCCUUCUUUCACAUAUCGAUACUAUCCCUAUCACUAUCGAAAAACAUCAUUCCCUUAAUUCUUGUAGUGGUAUUGUUAUUCUGCCCCAUACCAUAGUUCAACAGAAUUUCCAGACAUGUGGCAAUGACAUUCUCGAACAGCUGGAACUCCAAGAUCUCCCAAUUCUCAAGGUAGACACUUAUGUUCUUCCCGCCCGCGGGCGAAGACGAUACCCUUGCAAUGUGGCUCGUUUAACUUUUGACAGCCGUGAAUUCCCAUCCUCUGUUUAUGUAGCAGGACAUCGGUUACAAGUUCGGAAGGUGAUCCCUACACCGCAACAGUGUAGGAAUUGCUGGUGAUUUGGCCACCCAGCAAAAUAUUGCAGAUCUAUAGCUGAAUGCCCAGUCUGUGGUGCCGAUGACCAUUCUAAUGCAUCUUGCAGUCGACCUCCCUCUUGCUUUAAUUGUCAUGAGACUCACCCUUCGUACUCUCGGCGUUGCCAGGUCUACUUAAAUGAGCAGGAAAUUCAUUGCCUCAGAGGCAGAAGGUCUCCCUUAUGCUAUGGCAGUUUCUCAUCUCCGCCUCCAAGGGAGACUACCCCGUGUUUCUUAUUCUCGUGUUUCAAAACGUCCCCCCACUUCUGGGGUCCCAUCUUCUGCAGCCUCCUCUGCGGUUGCCAGUCCCACAGUCACUCCUGUAUCUAAUUCUUUUGCUGUCCUGGGCUCAGACAUCCCUACUUCUUCAACACCUCAGUCUGUCCUCACUUCUUCGUGUUCUCCCUCACAAACCCCAGUAUCGACAAGACCUCGUACAACACCUCCCCAAUCGUCCCUCUACUUCUCAGAGGUCUAACAAAUCUCCUUUAACCCCUCCUUCCCUUCAUCCACCUCCACAUUUUCCCUUCACGGUCUCUGUACCUAGGUCUUCCCCUUUCACUGGCUCUGUUACAAGUGUGGAGGUUCAUCCUCCUCCUCAUACUGUGCCUUCCUCCCCUGUCCCAAGUUUCUUCCUCUUCUGCCACCUCCCGGGUUUCUGCCUCUUCUGUCCCCUCCCACACUUCUCCAGUUCCCUCCACCCUUUCGCCCUCCCCCCUACCUUGGUACAGUCCAUUACAGCUCCGAUCUUUACUCAAACUCCUCCUCCUUCCAUCUCCAAUAUUGUCUCCCAUACGACGUCUCUGAACUCCGAAACACUUGAAGCAAUCUCUGAAUAUAUUGCAGAGACCAAACCAUCAAUGGACACUGAUCCACCCUCUGUUCUUUCUCUUUCCUCUUCUCCAUCUGCGCAACUCCUUUCUUCACAACGCACCGUUCCUUCGCUACUUGAAUGUUUUCCUUUGCCACCGCAUGUGGACUUUUCUAACCCUUCUAGUCCGUAGGUACCCUUACCUGUGGAUUUCAGGUAUCUUUAUCAUUGCCAAUCAUGGCCUAUUUACAGUGGAAUAUUCGCUGCCUCAGGGGUAAUCGGGGUGAGCUUCAAAUGUUGCUCUCCCAGUUUUCCCCUGUUGGUGUUUGCUUACAGGAACCAAAAUUACACUCUGCCGUUAUCUAUCCCAUCUCAGGCUAUAAUUUAUUGUAUUCUUCAGAUCCUUUUCCUGAUGGGACCUUUAAUGAAAGUGCCCUUCUUCUAUGCACUGAUAUUCUGUACCAUCAGCUAUUUGUUCGUACUUCGCUGCAUUACACAGCAGCCCGUAUCCACUUGCAUAGGUGGUAUACACUCUACUCUUUGUAUCUCACUCCUUCUUGGGCAUUAUCUAUCCUGGAUAUUGCCUUUCUUGUUUCGUCAUUACCGCCACCACUUCUGUUACUUGGCGAUUUUAAUGCCCAUCAUUUCCUCUGGGGGGGUCUCACUGUUUGCUCCGUCCCUUCUCUCUUCGCCUACAUUCGCUCUUGUCUUCUCUUCAAUUUCCACCUUUCUAUGUUCAUGUAGCAUCUCACUUUUCCCUACCCCACUGGGAAGUUCCAGCUGUUCAAGUCUGUUCUUUCUUACUCCCUUGCUCAAAAGCCCAACUGUCUAUGGUAGCUUCCCGCUCUCUUUUUCUUGACCACUUCCACUCUCAUUCUCAUGCCAUUGCAGUGUACACAGAUGGCUCUAAGUCUUCUGACGGCGUGGGAUUCGCAGCAGUGUUUCCGGACAGCGUCGUACGAGGGCAUUUACUAUCUUCGGCUAGUAUCUUUACUGCUGAAUUGUAUGCCAUUCUUGCAGCACUUAUCCGUAUUGCAUCUAUGCCUGUGUCAUCAUUUGUGGUUGUUUCAGACUCCCUUAGUGCUUUACAGGCUAUACAGAAAUUUGAUACACCUCACCCCUUAGUCCUCUGUAUCCAACUUUGGCUACGCCGCAUCUCUACCAAACAAAGAUAUUGUUUUUUGUUGGGUCCCUAGUCAUGUUGAUGUACAGGGCGAUGAACAGGCAGACACUGCUGCACGGUCAGCAGUACAUGACCUACCAGUUUCAUAUAGAGGUGUUCCAUUUACGGACUAUUUUGCUGCAAUAGCUACCCACCUUCACACCCGUUGGCAAUAACGUUGGUCUACCCUACUCGGUAACAAACUUCAAUCUAUUAAACCGAGUAUAGGUUACUGGCCGUCUUCUUGUCACCAGUGCCGAGGUUGGGAGACUACCCUCUCCCAUCUCCACAUUGGCCAUACUCAUCUUACUCAUGGAUAUCUCAUGGAGAGGCGCCCUGCUCCUCUCUGCGAGAAUUGUCAGGUUCCAUUAUCGGUCAGCCACAUUCUGUUAGACUGCCCACUUUAUCAACGAGCACGCAGAAUUUACCUCCAACAUCGUCUUCGCUCCGUUGCUCUCUCUUUACCUUCCCUUCUCGCUGAUGGACCCACCUUUCAUCCGGACUCUCUCAUUGACUGUUUGACAACAACCGACUUACUUCACAAACUCUGAUGAUACCUUCAGCCCUUUCUACCUCAAUCUCUUGCUACCCUCUACCCUGCACUAUCCCCUGCCCCGCUGUUUUCUGUAACCCACUGAUCGCCCCUCCCCCCUUCUGCCGCCCAAUACCCUCGCUUCCUUUCCUACCCUGCAGCGCUUCUUUUUGAUUAUAAUAAUAAUAAUAAUUUGCUCCUUGUUAAACACUCAGGACACACACAACCUUACUUCAGUUGUUGUAUGAAUGGCAGCUUGUAGUCCAUCAGCCUGUAUCAUUUUGUUCUAUGUCAAUCUCCUGAACCAAGUAUAAACACUCCUGAAAGGUAUGAAGCAUUACAGACAUUUGCACAUUCUGUCUUAUUAUUAUUAUUACAUUCAUGGAGAAGUGCUGUUAAACUCACAGGAGGGGGUCAUAUAGCACCUGAGAGGAAUGGGAGGCAUUCAGGUUUGAGCCAAAGAAGGGCAGAUCCAAUUCCUUGGAUUAGGAGUCCCUCACUAGCAUCAAGGAACCUCUCUUAAAGAGACACUCUCUCUCAACCCAGUCCAUGAGUUAAGCUUAAGAAAUGGGUUUUAACUUGCCAUGAAGUGGGUAAGCCCUGUAAUACUAAUUGGUAAUCAGUUCAUGUUCUCAUCCUCCCUCUCAAUCUGACAACUGAGAGAUCUCUAAAAGGACAAAUAUCCCAAGCUUCCAUGGCUCUCUUCCUGUAGCGACAUCUCUACAAAAUUAUGGCUUGUGCAAUUUAGCUGGUUAUAUUUUGUGCAAGUAAGAAAACAUUUUUAUGGUAGCCUAACCUAAUAUAAUUCAAUUUAAUUUAGAAUUACUCCUAAUUUAGAAUGAGUUUUGUUGGGUUGGUUAUGUUAUAUUAGCUUUUAUUACCAAAACUCAUUUUUUCCCAUAACCCAAAAUAAAACUAUUUCCACUGCUUAGCCUGCUUAAUACUGGAGAAUUUACACAAUAAACUAUGGUAAGCUACAUUCAGUAUAAGCCAAAAGUUACUUACAAUAUCAGACGGGCUUAACUGACUUACUGCAGUACAGCCACCUGUACUAUACACCAAGGGGGUUACACCAAACAGGUUAUCUCAACUCUCCAUGUAUCUGUUGAGUAUAAUCAUUUCGCAUUCAUUACUUAUUUCUGCUUUUCAGCUGUAUGCACACAUUAGUAUCAAUUUCAGGUGAUAAACACGCUAAGAUAACAGGGAUAUCUUGCUACUCCUACUAACACUUUGGUCACACUUCACAGACACGCACAUGCAUAUAUAUAUAUACAUACAUCUAGGUUUUUCUCCUUUUUCUAAAUAGCUCUUGUUCCUUUUUAUUUCUUCUAUUGUCCAUGGGGAAGUGGAAAAGAAUCUUUCCUCCGUAAGCCAAGCG